UUGGGCCAAAAUUUGUUAUUGAUAAUCGUUUUGAUGGCUUCACAGGAGUUUAUGAAAUGUCUGCAAUACGCAGCGCAGAAACAUAGCACCCAACGUCGAAAGGACGCCCAGUCCACACCAUAUGUUAAUCAUGUAAUAAAUGUCAGCACAAUUUUGGCCGUAGAGGCGGGAGUUGCAGAUGAGGCCGUGCUUAUGGCAGCCCUGUUGCACGAUGUUGUCGAGGACACGGAUGCAACAUUCGGCGAUGUGGAGAAUCUGUUUGGAGCAGAUGUUUGCAGUCUGGUUAGAGAGGUGACUGAUGACAAAUCAUUGGAAAAACAGGAACGAAAGCGUAUACAAAUCAAAAAAGCAUCGAAAACAACUAGCAGAGCGAAACUUAUUAAACUGGCCGAUAAGCUGGACAAUCUGAGAGAUCUGCAAGUGAAUACGCCACAGGGAUGGACAGAAGAGCGACGGGAAGCGUACUUUGUUUGGGCCAAACAGGUGGUGGACAAUUUACGCGGUACUAAUGCGCAGCUGGAGCAACAGCUUGACCAAAUAUUUCGUGAGCGCAAUCUGCUGUGAAUAUAGUUGAACUAAAAACAAUGUUAGCCAAUGCGCUUAGUUUUUAUUCUUCUCAUAAAAUGACAGCAUGAGCUUGGCCAGCUGCUGUGUUUCAUCCAGCGUGAUGGCAUUAUACAGAGAGGCACGAAUACCGCCCACAGAGCGAUGACCCUUCAGCUGAAUCAUGCCCUCGGUCUCGGCCUUGGCUAGAAACUCCUUUUCCAGGGCAUCGUUGCCGGCAGCGCUGCCAAUGCGGAAUGGCACAUUCAUGUGGGAACGCACACGAGACUCCACA